GGGAGGGAUCGGCGGUGAGAGGGCGGUGAAGGCAGCGCUCGCGGGACCCUGGCGGUUCGGCCGUCAGAGCUGGCCGGCCGAGCGUUGGUGCGGACAUGACGCCUGACGACCCGGAGGAGACCCAGCCUCUCCUGGGGCCGCCCGGAGGCAGCGCUCCCCGCAGCCGUCGUGUCUUCCUCGCCGCCUUCGCCGCGGCCCUGGGCCCGCUCAGCUUCGGCUUCGCGCUCGGCUACAGCUCCCCGGCCAUCCCGAGCCUGCGGCGCGCCGCGCCCCCGGCCCCGCGCCUCGACGACAGUGCCGCCUCCUGGUUCGGGGCCGUCGUGACCCUGGGCGCCGCGGCCGGGGGCGUGCUGGGGGGCUGGCUGGUGGACCGCGCCGGGCGCAAGCUGAGCCUCCUGCUCUGCACCCUGCCCUUCGUGGCCGGCUUUGCUGUCAUCACCGCGGCCCGGGACGUGUGGAUGCUGCUCGGGGGCCGCCUCCUCACUGGCCUGGCCUGUGGCGUGGCCUCGCUAGUGGCCCCGGUCUACAUCUCCGAAAUUUCCUACCCAGCAGUCCGGGGUCUGCUCGGCUCCUGUGUGCAGCUGAUGGUGGUCAUAGGCAUCCUCCUGGCCUACCUGGCAGGCCGGGUGCUGGAGUGGCGCUGGCUGGCCGUGCUGGGUUGCGUGCCCCCCUCCCUCAUGCUGCUGCUCAUGUGCUGCGUGCCUGAAUCCCCGCGCUUCCUGCUCACUCAGCACAAGCACCAGGAGGCCAUGGCUGCCCUGCACUUUCUGUGGGGCUCCGAGCAGGGCUGGGAAGAGCCUCCCAUCGGGGAAGAGCAGCAGGGCUUCCACCUGGGCCUGCUGAGGCACCCCGGCAUCUAUAAGCCCUUCAUCAUCGGUGUAUCGCUGAUGGCCUUCCAGCAGCUGUCGGGGGUCAAUGCCGUCACGUUCUAUGCUGAGACCAUCUUUGAGCAGGCCAGGUUCAAGGACAGCAGUCUGGCCUCGGUCAUCGUGGGCAUCAUCCAGGUACUGUUCACAGGUAUGGCGGCCCUCGUCAUGGACAGAGCUGGGCGGAGGCUGCUCCUGGCCUUGUCAGGCAUGGUCAUGGUAGUCAGCACCAGUGUCUUCGGCCUCUACUUCAAGCUGGCCCAGGGGGGCGCCAGCAACUCCUCACACGUGGAUCUCUUGGCACCCGUCCCUGCAGAACCGGCUGAUGCACACGUGGGUCUGGCCUGGUUGGCUGUGAGCAGCAUGUGCCUGUUCAUCGCAGGUUUUGCCUUGGGAUGGGGACCUAUCCCCUGGCUCCUCAUGUCAGAGAUCUUCCCUCUGCACAUCAAGGGCGUUGCUACGGGCAUCUGCGUCCUCACCAACUGGCUCACGGCCUUUCUGGUGACAAAAGAGUUCAGCAGCCUGAUGGAGGUCCUCAGGCCUUACGGAGCCUUCUGGCUCUCCUCUGCUUUCUGUAUCUGCAGUGUCCUUUUCACCUUGUUCUGUGUCCCUGAAACCAAAGGAAGGACUUUGGAACAAAUCACAGCCCGUUUUGAGGGGCGAUGAUACCCCUUUUCUGUGAGUGGCUGCUCCUCCUAGCUGAGCCAGCUUUGGACUUCAAGGGGAAUGGAGUCAGCCUGUGACUCUGAGCUGAGCCUGAGCUGUGAGGUUCACCAGCCUCUGGGUCCAGUUCCUGCUGCUGCUGUGGGGACUCAGGACCAUCUAGGAGGAGCCCUGUGGUCAGCCCUCCACAUGCCGCCUCCUUCAUGACACUAUAGCAGCAGGGGUUGGGGGGCACUUCUUGGCUCCUCAUUUCCUGGCUGGAGAUACUUUUGGAGGCUGGGUGCUGGGCACCUGGUUGCUCCUCUCACAUGGCUGCAUUAUCAGGAAGGAACUUUGCCAAAUAAAGAUUUGACUCAGAAAAUCA